CAUUAUCAGGUAGAAGAGUUUGAUAUUUCCCCAGGUGAAAAAUACCUGGUCACCUAUAGCAAACCAAAACCAAGGGAUCCAAAUGGACUCUGGCUUAAGAUCUUCGAUGUGAGAACUGGGACAGCAAUCGUUGGACUAAAUAAUGUUGAUGUUGCUGAUUCCCCACAGUGGCCUCUUAUUAUAAGAUGGGCUGGGGGUAAAGAUGAUGAAUUCUUUGCCAUUCUUAGCAAAAACAAGACUGUAUCUGUCUUCGAGACCAAGAAAUUCAACCUGUUGGGCAACGCCCCACUGCUCCUUGAUGAUGUUAUAGAUAUUUCCUGGUCUCCAACUCAAGCUGUACUUGCAAUACUGUUGAAAGCAAGUGGCAAGCAGCCUGUCAAGGUUGUUCUUCUGCAAUUCCCCAACAACGUUAAGCUGGCCGAGAAGGAUCUUACCGCUAUUCUUGGCGACUGCAAGAUGCACUGGCAGAGCAAUGGUGAUUACCUCGCUGUCAAUACUUGCGGGGGAUUUGAGUUUUUCCGCAUCAAAGAGGAAGGCAUACCCACAGAUUCUCUCAAGGUGGACAAGAAGAUCCUGGCUUUUGCGUGGGAGCCUAGCGGUCACCGAUUUGCUGUGAUUUACGGAGACGAACCAAAUCUGUCUGUCAGUUUCUACUCGAUGAAGACACCUGGAAAGGUCACAGAGCUUACUACUUUGAGCAACAGGCAAGCAGAUGCUCUCUUUUGGUCGCCCAAAGGCAAUCGCAUUGUCCUUGCUGGAUUGAAAGAGGGCAACCUUGAGUUUUUUGAUGUGGACCAGCUUGCUCAAAUUUCCCCAGUUGCAAACGUGGUGGCCAACCAGGUUGCUUGGAAUCAGAGUGGGAAAUAUGUUGCCACAGUGUUUACAUCUCCACAAGAGAAAAUUGAUAGUGAUUGUCACAGUGAACCAGAUGAUCCUCGUGAGAGUUUGACUAUCUGGUCCUCCGAUGGAAAGCGUCUUUUUGUUCAUCAGUGUCAAUUUCCUAUAAUCCAGCUGGAUUGGCGCACUCACGGAGGAAUCAUAGAUGAUGACAUGCUUAAGAAGCAAUGAAGAAGAAUGCUUUACUCUUUAUAUAAAUUUAUGCAAGUAUUUAAACUUCUUAUGUUAUUUGUCAACUUCUCUGCAACUAUUCUCUUUGGUAGAAUACAUAACUUGUUUUUUCUU